UCCUCUCGCUUAGCCUGCUUGAGCAUGCGCAAUUUCUGUCCUUACAAGCCAGCCGGCCUUUUCCCGCCCUUCUCUAGCCUUAAGAGGAAAGUGAGAGUGGACGCUCCUCCAGGGAUAUACCUGCGAUGCCGUAGGGAUACGAGGACCAGUAGGCUGCAGACAUCAUUUUGAUUCUGAAGCUGAGGGCGCAAAGAACAUACUUUGGGACUAUUUGCUAGGCCGAGGGCCAGGAGGCGGGAAAGGGCGGUGUGGGCGGAGGGUCAGAGGUGAGAGGUCAAAGAGCUGCGAAGGGGGAGGAGCGAGCCGUAGUCGCAUGGGGGCUCUUCAUCUCCGGCUGCACAACCGCUAGAGCUAGGACGCGGGUCCUUCGCGUCCGGCGGAAGGAGGAGGGCGGCGGCGCUCUCAACAUGCACAGCCUGGCGACGGCAGCGCCUGUGCCUACUGCACUGGCCCAAGUGGACAGAGAGAAGAUUUAUCAGUGGAUCAAUGAACUGUCUAGUCCUGAGACGAGGGAAAAUGCUUUGCUAGAGCUAAGCAAGAAGCGAGAAUCUGUCCCUGACCUUGCACCCAUGCUGUGGCAUUCAUUUGGUACUAUUGCAGCACUUUUACAGGAAAUUGUAAAUAUUUAUCCAUCUAUCAACCCUCCAACCUUGACAGCACACCAGUCUAACAGAGUGUGCAAUGCUCUAGCAUUGCUUCAGUGUGUAGCCUCACACCCAGAGACCAGGUCAGCUUUUCUUGCAGCACACAUCCCACUUUUUUUGUACCCCUUUUUGCACACAGUCAGCAAGACUCGUCCCUUUGAAUAUCUUCGGCUCACCAGCCUUGGAGUUAUUGGGGCCUUGGUUAAAACAGAUGAGCAAGAAGUAAUCAACUUUUUAUUAACAACAGAAAUCAUCCCUCUGUGUUUGCGUAUUAUGGAAUCUGGAAGUGAACUUUCCAAAACGGUUGCCACAUUCAUCCUUCAGAAGAUCCUCUUAGAUGACACUGGUUUGGCUUAUAUAUGUCAGACAUAUGAGCGGUUUUCCCAUGUUGCUAUGAUCUUGGGUAAAAUGGUCCUGCAGCUAUCCAAAGAACCGUCUGCUCGUCUGCUGAAGCAUGUAGUAAGAUGUUACCUUCGUCUCUCAGAUAAUCCCAGGGCACGCGAAGCACUCAGACAAUGCCUCCCUGACCAGCUGAAGGACACAACCUUUGCCCAGGUGCUAAAAGAUGACACCACCACAAAACGCUGGCUUGCACAACUGGUGAAGAACCUGCAAGAGGGCCAGGUCACCGAUCCCCGUGGAAUUCCCCUGCCCCCUCAGUGAUCCUCCCUUUUCCCUCUUACUGCUCCCCUAAACUGGGGAGUGGGGGGUGGAACCUAUGAGGAAAACAGCUCAGGUUUUAUUGCUGACUGGGAAUAGACAACCUCAAUACUGAACCGCACUGGAGGAAAGGGGCAAAGUACCCCGCUGAGGUGUGUGGGCUGACUGGAGGUCCUGGAUCCCCCUGCUGCUCCCAGGAAUUGGGCUCCUGACACAGCAGUCUGCCACCGCAGCCCCAGGAGGGUGUCAACACCAGCAAAUGCUGUUCUGCAGCAUGCCCAAGAUGACCCUGCUUCUGAACGUCUACCUAGCCGCUGGUAGAGAGGAGAAAGGGGGACAGCAGCAACUCUAGGCAUGGUGAGCGCCUGGGACCAAGCCAUGUGGUUUUGUUUUGUU